UUCAAAUAACGUUAGCACGUUGAAUUGAAAGGGCACACCCGCGAAUUUGUAAAUUGAAAAUGGCCGAGAGCGAUUUAAGUAUAACUAUAACCGACUUAGAGGAAACCUUCAACCGAGCUGCCAAGCAUCUGCGAACAUUAGUAACGGAAUUAGAUGCGGGUCAGUUACUUGGAUUUUACGGUCUGUACAAACAGGCGACCGUGGGUUCUUGCCACAUCCCGAGACCCAAUUGGUAUCAGGUGCAAGCAAAGCAGAAAUGGGAAGCAUGGAAGAAUCUCGGGAAUAUGAGCCGCGAGACCGCGAUGGCCGACUACAUCCACGCCAUCGCGAAGGUAAACCCGUUGUGGGAAGAAGAGGCGAAGGCCGAAUCUCCGGGCUGGACUUCUGUUAGUAAAUUAUCCAACACGGAUGCGGAAUUAAGCGAUGUGGAUAAGACGUUCCUGGAUUGGGUGAAGGAGGGCAACGAGGCGAGGCGGGAGAUCUUGAACGGCGAACCCACGCUCGUCAACGUCUUGGACGAGGACGGUUUGUUACCGAUACACUGGGCCGCGGAUCGCGGCCACGUCGGAAUCGUAGAGCACUUGGUCCGAAAUGGCGCGAAUGUCAAUUCGCAAGAUCGGGACGGACAGACGCCUCUACACUACGCGGCGAGUUGCGGUCACGCGGAUGCGGUCAAGUAUCUGCUUUCGAGCGGUGCUCAGACUAUAGCCGAUAACGACGGUAUGACACCCAAAGACGUCGCCGACGAGCAUCUUGCGGCUCUUUUAUAAUGCUAUACUAGUGUUGUAUACAUGCACAUGUGUAAUAAUACGAUUGUUUUUCUGUGUUUGCAUAUAUUAAUAAAUCCAGUGGAUAUUGAUAAUCUGGAUGUGUGACGGAGUGCCUUAAUCCAUUUAUCCGCGUUCUAAUAGAGAGUAAAUCUUUAUUUAUGUACAAAUAACUCCUCUAAUAGUCCAUUACAUUCACAGCCUAAGCACACCUUGGGUAAAUGCGUGAUUUGUCAUUGGCUAGAUUUUUAUAAAUUUAAUUCGCUGCUUAAUUAAUUAAUAUUGUGAAUACGAAAUAAUUUAGAGAUAAUACCAUAUAAUUCAAGCGCGCAUAUACAUAUUUGUAGAGAAUGCGAGGUUUGUCAUUUUUAGAAACAAUAAAAUUUAAGAAAUAACAAGAA